UAGCCUAGACAUUGAAGUCGAAACAAAGAACUUACCUUCCCUAUCUUUGUCUAUGCCAGGCACUUGUGAGGAUCAAACAUGGGUAUCCCUGCUUGGGUGUCUGAUGAAGAGCUUGAAACAAAGGAAUCACAGCCCUCAUCCUUGUCUAGCAGGCAGAUAUGUGGAGAGAACAAAGAGAUCCAUUGGAUCUCCCCGCACUUUUCAAAGCAGCUUUGUCAAGGAUCCCCCGAUAUCGAAGCACGUUAUCGAGCCAUUGAGGUUAUCUCUCGAGCCUAGGUGGGCCACUACUCAUACGGUAAUUGCCGAUUGGAGAUCAAUGCUAUGGCUGCAGUUGGCAUAUGGCAUAAGAAGCAGGUGGCUGAUUGAGGCAUCGAUUCUUCCU